AUGGACAGCAAACUGACAAAGAAUGGUCCACCAGGUGCUCUGUACGAAUGUUCAAAAAAUGGGUGGACUAAUGAUGAAAUAUUUUUAAUAUGGGUGAAAAAUUUUUCAGAUUACUCUAAUCCUACAGCUGAAAAACCAGUUUUGUUAAUUCCUGAUAAUCAUGGAAGUCACAUUACACUAGCUGCUUUUCAGUAUUGCAGAGAUAAUCACAUAGUAAUGUUGUCAUUACGACCUCAUAGCUCUCAUAGAAUGCAACCUUUUGACGUUACCUUUUUUUUGGCCAUUGUAGGCAGCUUAUAG